AUGCUGUUCUAUGGCCCGCCAGGAACAGGUAAGACGUCCACGAUCCUCGCAAUGGCCAAGGAACUGUACGGGCCGCAACUUUUCAAGUCCCGUGUUUUGGAACUCAACGCGUCCGACGAAAGGGGCAUCUCUAUCGUUAGAGACAAGAUCAAGACGUUCGCCAGACUGUCCGUGUCGCAGCCAUCCGCAGAAGACCUGGAAAAGUACCCGUGUCCGCCGUACAAGCUGAUCAUUCUUGACGAGGCCGACUCGAUGACCUCGGACGCCCAGAGCGCGCUGAGAAGAAUCAUGGAGACGUACUCCAGCAUCACGCGGUUCUGUCUGAUCUGCAACUACAUCACGCGAAUCAUCGACCCGUUGGCGUCGCGUUGCUCCAAAUUCCGGUUCAAGAUGCUAGACGAAGAAAACUCGCUGAAAAGACUGCAAUAUAUCUGCGAAAAGGAGAACGUUUCUACAACCACUGCUGUUCUCAAGGAGAUUCUCAAUAUUAGUGACGGAGACCUGAGAAAGGCCAUCAAUUUCUUGCAGAGCGUGCACAAGAUGCUGGCUCCGGGCGCAGAUGAGAUGGCUGACGAUGUCACAGGCGACCAAAUCCGAGACGUGUUUGGAUUCUUGCCCAAAGAGACACUGUCUGAACUGCUGGCUCUAGCAGAAAAGAAAGACACCGAGCUGAUCUUCAACUUUAUCGACGAGCAGAUCGCAAAAGAAGGGUACAACGCCAGUCUGGUGCUCGGUUCGUUGCACGACGUGCUUUUGCUCGGAGACGAGAGCGGGCUGUCGCUCUCUUUGGACAGCAAGCAGAAAAAUAGCAUAUCCAAGAUCCUGUUCGAAACAGACGCAAGAUUGAGCCACGGGUGCGACGAGACUAUCCAGCUACUGAACUGCAUACUACAGAUCUCUACGGUGUUGUGA